ACAGGCAGAAGUGGUAAAACGAAGAGCCGUUUGGGAGCCGAAAGAGCCGGUUCUUCUUGGUGAGCUGAGCCAAAUGAUCUGGCUCACUAAAAAGAGAUGAAAUUCCCAUCACUACUAUGUCAAGUGGACAAAAUUUGUUGAGCUAAUUAAUAUAAAUAUAUUGAAAUAGAACUAGUUGCUCAGUCCUGAAACAACAACAAAAUAUCACCAAGUGAGACUGAAUAAAAAUAGUCUCCUCUGGUGUCACAUUAUAGCUGCUAUAGUUUGAACCAACAACUUUAUUUAAACCUGCAGCUUCUGUUAUCUUCAAACUGGUCUCUGUGGUGCAUGCUCCAUUAUUUAUGAAUAAAGACUAAAUGCUGGAGCUCCUGAGGGGGAUUAGACGCGGAGAUCGCUGUAAUCCGGUUGGAAACGCAUGUGGGGAGGAGCUGGACCCGGUAUGUUGUGGGGUCGGAUAGGAUCUGGACCCGGUUAGGUGUGCAUGGGUCUGGUAGGAUUUUCCCUCUUGGAGCAGCAGCUGGACGCAUGCGCCCACUAUUCCCACUAUUCCUCCAUCCACCACAGCGCAGGAGCAAAUAGGAUGAACUUGUCUCUGCGUUUUACCUGUUUAAAGGCGCCGCUGAUUGUGUGUGAAACAGCCCCAGACCUGCUCACGGGAUAGCUGUUUUCUUCUGUAAAGUUUUAAAAAAAGGGGGAAAUACUCGACAGGAGCAGGACGCACAACUAGAGGAUUAAUGAGGAGAGGGUCUUUGGAUGUAAAGCGGGCAAUAAGAGAGCGGAUUAGAGGAAUAUAGCGAGGAAUCAGAGCAGUGUGUUGUUGUUGUCAAAGAUGCGGAAACUACAACAGAAGCAACAACAAUCUGGAUUUUGAUCCACUUUGCUGUGGGAGCAGCAUGGCUUGGCUCAGGAGAAGGGUGAAAUUGUUCCAACUUGGAGUGACCCCCAACAAACACCCUGAAGUUUUCUGGGGACUAUUUUUUUUGUGCUAUGCAUCGGCUUGUUUUUACACCAUUCCGCGGAACUAACGGUUGUUUGGACCCGAGUCAUCAUGUCAAAAGUCAUUCAGAAGAAGAACCACUGGAUCACCAAAGUGAACGACUGCCUGGUUGUGCGGGACGCGUGCGGGGAGCUGAACGUGGAGCUUCGUGGCGGAGCUGAGAAUGGAGAGUUUCCGUCCAUCGGGCAAGUUAAGGAGGAUGCUGUGGUGUACCAGGACGGUAAACUCUGCGAAGGGGAGCUGCUCCUGGAGGUGGAGGGGCUGCCUGUGUCUGGAUUACCCCUCUAUGACAUUAUGACUGUGAUGAAGUGCUGUAAAGACCCAGUCAGGUUGAAAACUGUGCGUCAAGGUCACAAGCUCAACAAGGACCUGAAGCACUACCUGAGCCUGAGGUUUCAGAAAUCUUCCCCCGACCACGAGCUGCAGAAGACCAUCCGAGCCAAUCUGUAUCGCCAUGCUGUGCCUUGUACAACCCGCCCCCCUCGAGACGGAGAGGUCCCAGGGGUGGAUUACAAUUUCCUGUCUGUGGAGGACUUCCUAGAACUUGACGAUAGUGGCACACUACUGGAAAUAGGAACAUAUGAAGGUAACUAUUAUGGGACCCCCAAGCCGCCAAGGCAGCCCAUCAGUGGGACAGUGAUUCUCAGUGAUGCAGGCUCCCAGCAGUCCACCCCAAAGCGCACCAAGUCCUACAAUGACAUGCAAAACGCCCGAGUAGUGCCUGCUGACGACGACGAUGACGACCAGGCCACGGAAAUGAACAACAGUUUUACAGGAUCUUUAGUGCGUAGUCUCUUCCCCUCUCCUUUGUUGUGCACAGGUAACCCUAACGACCAGGACGAGAGCCGCGGCGGCAUCCUCCGGCCGUACCCCGCACGUGACAAUGCUCCAUCCUGCGGUCUGAACAAUGCGGCCACCUCCACCGCAGAGAGCGGGCAGCAGACCCUUGCAGAACCGCAGGUCUCUCCGGAAGACCCACAGGGGCCGCUGCCUGAAAACUGGGAGAUGGCGUACACUGAGAGCGGAGAACUUUACUUCAUAGACACGGCAAAGGCACACCACCAGGACAUGGCUGUGUGUUAUCAGAGCUUCCACAACACAAAGACCACAUCAUGGAUGGAUCCUCGGUGUAGAGACAAAACCUCCAGGCCUCUGGAAGAGUGUGAUGACGAUGAAGAGGGGAUACAUACGGAGGACCAGGAGACGGAUCUAGGAUUGUGUUUAAGUCGUGAUCCGAAUAAUAAAAGUGGUUGUGGGCAGCAGGAGGGUGAUCCUGGUCAUAAUUUAGAGCUGCCUCCAGGAUGGGAAAGGAUAGAAGACCCAGUAUACGGGGUGUACUAUGUAGAUCAUAUAAACAGGAAGACCCAGUAUGAGAACCCCGUCGUGGAGGCGCGGCGUCGGAAAAUCCUGGAGCAGCAGCAGCCGCAGCCUCCAGAAGGUGAGCGGUAUAUUCGAGAGUGGAUAGAGGAGCACUCGUCAGCAGCGGCUCCGUUAGCGAACUACGCUCCAAACCACCUGGAGACCUACAGGGACCCGCAGGUCCCACCAACUCUACCUCCCAUGCCAACAGGAGCCAAACGAGGGAAGCCUUUCUUUACAAGAAACCCAGCAGAGCUGAAAGGAACCUUCAUCAACACAAAGCUGAAGAAGAGCCGUCGGGGCUUCGGCUUCACUGUGGUCGGAGGUGACGAGCCGGACGAGUUUCUACAGAUCAAAAGUCUGGUGCUGGACGGGCCUGCAGCCGUGGAUGGCAAGAUGGAGACAGGUGAUGUGAUAGUCAGUGUGAAUGACACCAUUGUGCUGGGCUACACCCACGCCCAGGUGGUGAAGAUCUUCCAAUCCAUCCCCAUCGGUUCCAUGGUGGACCUGGCCUUGUGCCGUGGCUACCCGCUGCCCUUUGACCCUGAUGACCCCAACACCAGCCUGGUGACCUCAGUGGCGAUCGUGGACAAGGAGCCUAUCAUCGUCAACGGACAGGAGUCGUUUGACUCGCCUUCCAACCAGGCCAGAUCCGUUAACGGCAUGAGGGAUCCGCGGCCGCACAGCCCCUCGGCCGACGUGGCAUCCAACGGCUCGCACGGCUACUCCUCCAGCGAUGUGGUCAACAUGGCCUCGUCCAUAGCCACCCAGCCGGAGCUGAUCACCAUCCACAUGGAGAAGGGCGACAAGGGAUUCGGCUUCACAAUUGCAGACAGCCUGACGGGAGGAGGGCAGAGGGUGAAGCAGAUAGUGGACUACCCACGCUGCCGCGGCCUAAAGGAGGGGGAUAUUCUGAUGGAGGUCAACAAGAGGAAUGUCCAAAAUAUGAGCCACAAUCAGGUGGUGGACCUGCUGAGCAAAUGUCCCAGAGGCAGCGAGGUCACCAUGCUGGUGCAAAGAGGAGUGGUGCAAGCCAAGAGGAGUCCAAAGCUGGUGCACCAGUUAGAGAGGAAAGACAGCCAGAGCAGCUCCCAGCACAGUGUGUGCAGCCAUCGCAGCACCCACACCGAUUCUCCCAGCCACCCACCCUCUGCCAUGCCCAGUGAGGCUGUGGCUCCCACUCCUGCUGCCCCCACCCAGCCUCUGCCAGGCCUGCCCCCCCAGGACCCUGCAGAUGGCACCCUUACUCUCCAGAAGAAGCCAGACCCCUUUAAGAUUUGGGCGCAGUCCAGGAGCAUGUACGAGAGCCGACUGCCAGAUUGCCAGGAGCAGGACAUUUUCCUUUGGCGGAAGGAUACAGGCUUCGGCUUUCGUAUCCUGGGAGGAAAUGAGCCCGGGGAACCUAUCUACAUAGGGCACAUAGUGAAGUACGGGGCAGCAGAUGAGGACGGACGCCUGCGGUCGGGUGAUGAGCUCAUCUGUGUGGACGGCACGGCGGUGGUGGGCAAGUCUCACCAGCUGGUGGUGCAGCUGAUGCAGCAGGCCGCCAAACAGGGCCAUGUCAACCUCACUGUCAGACGCAAGUCCCCCGGAUACGGAGUGUCAAAAGGAGAAGGUGACGUCCCCCCGUCGCCGGCCUCCUCCCACCACAGCAGCACCCAGGCGCCCAGCCUGACAGAGGGCAAGCGGACCCCCCAGGGGAGCCAGAACUCUCUCAACACCGUCAGCUCUGGCAGCGGAUCUACAAGCGGCAUAGGCAGCGGCGGCGGUGGCGGCAGCGGGAGUGCGGUGGUGCCUGCCUCCCUGCAGCCGUACGAUGUGGAGAUCCAGCGCGGAGAGAACGAGGGCUUCGGUUUCGUCAUCGUGUCGUCUGUUUCCAGGCCCGACGCCGGCACCACCUUUGCUGGAAAUGCUUGUGUGGCCAUGCCCCACAAAAUAGGACGCAUCAUCGAGGGCAGCCCGGCGGACCGCUGCGGGAAGCUGAAGGUCGGGGACCGAAUAUUGGCUGUGAACGGCUGCUCCAUCACCAACAAGUCCCACUCGGACAUCGUCAACCUGAUCAAGGAAGCCGGGAACACAGUCUCACUCAGGAUCAUCCCGGGUGAUGAAUCUUCCAAUGCUUCUCUGCUGACUAAUGCUGAGAAGAUAGCUACCAUCACCACCACACACACACCUCAACAGACCACAGAGUCCCGGAAUAACUCAAAGUCGAAAGGAGCUCCACCUCCUCCACCCAUACAAAGUCAGACACAGGAUGCUGAGUUCUACUCUGUAGACCUCGAGCGGGACAGUAAAGGUUUCGGCUUCAGCCUGAGAGGAGGACGGGAGUACAGCAUGGACCUGUAUGUGUUGAGACUAGCGGAGGACGGGGCUGCUGUCAGAAAUGGCAAGAUGAGGGUGGGAGAUGAGAUCCUGGAGAUUAACGGUGAGAGCACAAAGAACAUGAAGCAUUCACGUGCCAUUGAACUGAUCAAAAACGGUGGUCGGAGGGCGCGGCUUGUCCUCAAACGGGGAGACGGAUCUGUACCUGAAUAUGACGGCAGCAGUGACGGGCACCCUCCCACACCCGGGGCACAAAACACUCCGGAAGUGAGAACGCUGCCACCUAACAGCCGAUAUCACACCUCAUUGGAGUCCAGUUAUCCACCAGACCUUCACAAACCAUCACGCCAGGAGGAGGCUGCGCGUGGCCGAGACAGGGACAGGGCUGAGUCAGAUCACAUGGACUACCAAGGCCGGCAAUUUACCCCCCACCAUCAUCACACCUGGAAUAACAAUCACAGUCAAAGUACCCCCAGACAGCAGUCUCCAGACAACAGCAGUAGCAGUGGCAACAAGAAGAGCAGAGGCCGCAAAGUCAAGAAGUCCGAGUCGGAGAGCGGCAUCUCUAAACUCCUAAAGACUCUGAGGAAAGACAGCUCGGGGAAGAAGGCUGCAGCUGCCGAGAAACUGAGGGGGAGAGAGCUCUCAAGCAGCAGCUCUACUUUGGACGGGAGGUCUCGUCAGCAGCGCCGGGGCUCCCUCGACCGCUCGCCAACGCGAAAGCGCGCCUCGUCUCCCGAUCGGCGGCGGGCCAAGUCGAUGGACCGCAGGGCGGAGCGAGCGCAUCGGGACCGCACACCUGAGAGGGAGCACGACGACGGCGGGUUCCUUGCAGUCACCCCUGAACGCAAGUUCUACGAGCGGAGGCUCCUCAAGGACUCGCACGUGGCUGGGCAAGUCAGGGAGGCCACAACCCCCGAGCGCACCAACAACAACGGGGAUUCCUUGUCUCUUUCCAGGGGCCGUACGUACGACAGAGCCACAAAGAACGGCAACCUCCUGAGAGACUCUUCCUCAGAGAGGAGGGAGGAGAGCUAUCUGAUGAACGGGACGCCGGAGCGACGAUACCGAGCGGAGCGGGACUCUUCCCCUGAUAGCAACUACAGCCGGGAUGAGCUGAACUAUGCAGCAGCACCCAGACUGAAGGAUUACUACGGCAUGAUGAAGAACAACGCUGCACACAACAAUGCUGCCUACAACAACACAGGCCAUAACAAUAACACAGCGGGUCAGAGCCCAAACCAGCUCCCGGAGCCCAAGAGAAGGCUGUACAAAGAAAGCCCCAAAGACCUCAGCAUCUAGAGCAGAGAUCCCCCUCGCCACUCUCUCCUCUAUCUGUGCAAACUAUGUACCAUACACUGGAAUUGGACUUCUGAGGAUACUAACUCUUGUGCUUUAUUUGGUCGACCGGUUUAUUGAUUGAUUUGAUUGACUUAACUACUUGUGAUCCCAUCCAGAGAUUCAUAAAACAGCAGGAGUACAAUCCUUCUAUCAGUUCAUACUGGUCGUUUCGUCAUUGUUCUAGUUAUUUUGAACAUAACAGAGGUUGUUGUACUAUAGUAAAGGUAUUGUAUGUGCCUGCAUAUGAAAUCAGUGAUAUUGCUUUUUGUAGGCAUUGCUGAAUCUAAAUAUUUGUUCCCUCAGAGGUAUGAAACAUGCUUCCAGUUGUGGUAUCUUCUGACUACUAAGCUUGUUUUUAGACGUCUGUUCCAUUCCUGAAUUGCUUUACUGAACAAACUAUAGCACAAGACACUGAUGGCUCACAAGAGCUGUGAAAGUCACGUUGGACUUCUUGCAAAAAAAAAAAUCUAAAUUUAAGAUCUGAUGGUAAAAGUAGAGUGAUAAUUAUAUAAAUAAUAUAUGACGUUUUUGUUGCAUUUGCUCUAUUUAUUUUUUAAUUUGGCACAUAUCUUGAGCAAGCUUCAUUCCUUGAGGACCAAGGAAGAAGUGCACACUGUACCUGGGAAAGCAUGCUGUAUCCUUACUUGUGUUGCAUCCUUGAAAUGUGUUGCAGCUCACACUCCUUUUGCCUAAAUACACUCACACACUACCGAAAUUGAGAAAAGAGAUCAGACAACUGAUGAGAAAAAUGGCACCGGUGUUAUUAGUUUCUCCCUCGCAGUAGGAUUAUAAAAAUAAUUUUAAUACUCACUUUGUUCCUCAGUGUGUACUGAUGUAGCAGGGAGGGAACCUGACUAACUAUUGACUACAGACAAAACCGCUCCGGUAGAUUCUCUGCUGCGGGAAAAUGAGAGUUAUCUAAAUUUGUGUCUUUAUUAUGCAAUCAAACAGAAUAGGUUUGAGAGCCAAACUAUUGUCGCUGCAAUCAAAAAAUGUUUUAUUGCAAGUAAAAUAAAUUUGUGAUUAAAAAUGUAUUAAUGCAAAUCCAGAUGUUUUGCUUGCUGUUAAGCAGAAUCUACGACCUACGCUGAAAGAUAUAAAUGCCCUGACACACCAAGGCGACGUUUUGCCAUCAGAUAGUUUGGGGCCGUUGGUGAGCAUCUGUUGGCCUAGUUUUUUCGAUGCGUCCCGCACCGUCCGCUCUAGUCUGCCCAUGUCGACAGCUUCUUGGCCGAUUCAGCAUGUUGGAUCGGCGGCGGAGCUCUUCGGUGAGGGAAAUCACUCUGAUCGGCUGUUCAGUUUAAACGAAUCAGUGCACAAGAAGAGAAACGGAAGUGAGGAAAGCAAGUAAACGAGUAUAGUCAAGAGGACACACACAGAAGGCUCUUCUCGUGUUUCAUCAUCUCAUCUGAUCGUUCCAAUACACAGAUAUUUUCACGCCAACGUGGCCAUCUGGAAUGAGGCUAAGUGGUGAGUGAGAG